AUGACACCUUCAAAUACUGCCGGUACGCACACUGGCUUCUUCUAUGCGUCUUUUCCUAACUACAAUCACAGGGUCUUCAAUUACACGCACAAUGAUGAGGUCGUCAAAUGGUUAUCCGGUGGUUCAUGCACCUGUUCCCAAUUACAUGGGACCUUACGCAAACUUUGCAAGCGGGGGUGGUGUCGGUUCCAUUGGUAAUGCUGUGCACCACUCUGACCAGGCGCUGUUGCAUGGUGGGGGGAGUAACGUUCCCUCCAUUGAUACAGGCGUUGCACCUUAUAUCAACAAUGCAAACAUCAUGAACGGGCCAACCAACAUCCGCAACGGCGUCCAUAGCAACGGCGUCAAUAACGCGCCAUUCCCAUUCUUGAACACAAUCAACCAACCGACUGACUUCAAUCCCGGGGCUUCCUCCAAUGGCAUCACCUCCGAUACCCAGAAUUUCACAUCAGGCUAUAUGGCGCAAUAUAUGACCUCUUCUCAUGUUGAUGGUCAAACUCCGUCGUCAACGAUGGUCGCAAAUACUGCGGAGCCUCUGAACCCCCAGGUUCUUACCAGUCGCGUUCAACUUCGGUCGCCAUUCCAUGGAUCCGCUAAUGUAAACAAUACCGCCUUGCAGCAACAACUCUUUACACACGAAGCGGAAUUCAUAACUGAUGUCAAUCCACCCAGCCCUAGGUGUUCUCAACCACCCUUUCCUCCAAAUGAGGAACCGCGCUCAAACAUCGUUAUGCCCAACUUCGAGUGGGAGGAUGAUUCAAUCGCCAAAAGCCCUUUGGUUAUCUCAAAACGUAAACGUAGUGUGUCUUCUGUUACUCCGACAAUCCUUGCUUAACAUAUACUUAACCCAACAGAAACGCGCACGUUCCCCGAUAUGCGCACAUCUUCCGCGGUGAACACGACAGUGAAUCGCAGUAGUCCUGACCACAGCAGUACCAUUGGUAGACCAGCUGUUUCACAGGCCCAAGUACCGACCGUGCCUUAUACGACCGACAGUUACCCAAACAACGCAGGUCCUGCUUCUGCGCGACCACUCAGCGCUUAUCACACAACAGGCGAACA